AUGUCUCAUCCAAGUAAUUCGGAUUUUGAAACUCAAGAAUCAGUUAUUGAUAAAAAGUCAAAAAAGAAGCAAAGUACAAAUUUCACGUGGUUCAGAGAAAAUAACAAUACAAAUUAUCGAAGACCAAUCAUGUAUCCUGAUAACGAUGGACAUAUAACCGAAUAUACUCAAAUUAAGUUAAACAAUAAACAAAAUGCUCUUCUUGACAGAAAGCAUCGAGACUUUUUGAAGCAACAUAAGUUUGUUCUUGAUAAAGAAAAUAAUAUUAUCGAAGAAACUAGUAAAGAAUAUUUACUCGAAUUACUUUAUUUAGCUAAAUUAGCAAACAUUAAAUUUAAAAAUAGUUAUUCAUUUGAUUUACGUGAAU